UAGCGACCAACCUUCUCUUAAUUACUGUUUCAUUGAUGGAUUGAUAUUUCGGAGAUAUUUUUAGGAGGUUAACAUGGAGUGGAGUACGCUUAUAAUCGGAUUUACCCUCUUUAGUCAAGCUUAUGGAUUCUUUCCGAGGUUUGGUCCACGCUUGAUCCGAGUUGACACACCACCGCCACCAGAGUUCCCGGAGCCACGGUGUUACCAAGCGCUUAGCCCAGGUCCUUGCUACGCCUCGAAACCACGAUGGUUCUACAAUUCCGAUACUGCGGAGUGUCAACCCUUCGUGUUUGGGGGAUGCGCUGGAAAUGAUAACAAUUUCCAGACUGUGGAUGAAUGCGUCAAGUCUUGUAUUGGACACCGAGAUGUCACCGAGGAUGACGGCAACGAUGGGCCAUUCGGAAUUCCAAGAGGAAGUCCCAUAACAUCUUUCCCAAAGAUAACUCCAAUUGAUAUGAGUCAUCGCAGUUUCCUAGGGGAGAAACUUCUAAAACUCAGACUAGGGGCGCUUUAUGGUAGGCUUCGAAACCGUCUGGAAAACGCUCCACCUCUUAUAAGAACAAUUUUCUUUAAACGUGAUAACUUAGAUGGUAGCAUUGUGCCUGAGGCUGAAUCAAAUGAUAAUGUCCGUGGUGGUGGCUCUGAUAUGAAUGUUAAUGAAGGCCUAGUAAAAACUGUUGAUGUUCCUGAGAGCACAACUGAGUCAAAUCAGAACGCCGAGACUACUGAAACAGAUGUAGAAGCAGACAGUGAUAACAAAGAGCAAUCGACACAAGUAAAUAAACCAGUGGAAACUUAUGAAGAAGAACAUACAACAAUGGAAAAAUCAGACACAGAGUCAGAUGAUGAACAUAUGCUUGGUAUUGAUAGAACCGAAACAAUACCAUCCGAUCUAGCAGAGGAAAACGCCCCGUCUGAGUUCAACGAAGUAUCAGUCUCUGGUGUUGAUAUCAGUCCAUCCGUUAAAUCAAAUGAACCAAAUAAGCAAGAGAUUGAGAAUGAAAAUGACACCGACAAUAUCCCAAUAGGUGGUUCAUCUGAGAAUCAAGAAACUGAAACUAGCCAAGAUUUCAACGAUGCAUGCCAUCAACCCAUGGUCGUCGGCAUGUGUAGAGCCAGUAUUCCUAUGUGGUACUAUGACCACACUAUCAAUCAGUGCAUUUUGUUUAACUAUGGUGGCUGUAGAGGAAAUGACAACAAAUUCACGUCUUUCGUUGAAUGCUGGGAUAAAUGUGGCAUUAUAAGAGAAUUGCAACCAGAAUCUGGAGCAUUUGAUCCACAGCAAAAUCUGAACGAGGGUCUCCCCGAAAUGCCAUCAUUUCAAACGAACGUACCAAAUGAGCUCGAAUGGAGGAACAGGCGACCAGUGAAGCAAAACGUAAAAAUAUCAAUCACGCAAUUCAGGCCUAAUUUCUACCAUCGUCCUAAUCUCCCUCAACUACCCAGCCUACCCGUUGUCCAUCCUGAACAUCAGCCAUUUGGACCCCCACCACCUCCCCCACAUAUCUUACUGUCCCAAUUCCAUAAUGAAUAUCCCGAAGAACAAGAAAUGCCCGAGUCAGUACCAGAAAUUGACCCCGAACCAGAAGUGAACCCUAAAUCCACAAACGAAAAACUAAAACCACAAAAUCCAUCAUACCCGGGCGAGACAAUGAAGAUAAUCUGCAGUAUGGCAAAAGAUUCAGGACCUUGCUCCGCGAAGCAUAAUAUGUGGUACUACAAUUCCCAAUCCGCUAAAUGUGAGCUCUUCCAAUAUGGUGGUUGUGGAGGAAAUCUUAACAGAUUCUAUAGGGAUGAGGAUUGUUUAACAGCUUGUAGGUCAGCCUUACCCUUGGUGAAUAAAGAUGCUAAUACAGAAAAAGAGAAAGAACCAAUCAUAUCUGACAAUAAAGCUGCAAAAGAUGAACCCUUGACAACUGAGGAAAAUGACAAUUCAGAAGGCAUCCCCAAGGAAAUCAUUAGCGUGAAGGCAACUGAGAUGGAAUAUGUCACAAUGAUAAUCGUCAUGGCAAUAGUCGGCGUCCUCAUGAUUACAAUUUCUGUAUUCGUUAUGAUGAUCCUCUUCCGGAGACUUCACCAAACCAAAACCAAAAAGGAAAAGAUCUUAGAGACGAUGGUAAGGGAUCAUCUGAAUUUGAACCUUUAUUCCGAUCUCCCAACUCUACCCAAGGUGCACACGUUUGCGACACCAUACGACCACGCUACUGAAGAAAAUAAUAUCAACAAGCUCACCCACGAUGCCAAUGAAAAGAGUACCAGUAUUGCAUAA